UUGAAAUGUUACUCCUUGCAGUAGUAUUAACUGCUUUAUUAACAGGGGCGGAGAACCCUGUUUGCAGGCUACAAGGCAGACCAGAAUUGCCUCUGUUUUCGAAGGAUGGAGACAUUAUAAUUGGGGGAAUCUUUUCAUUUCAUGAUAACCUUGUAAAUGCCAAACCUGCAUUCAAUGCCAUGCCUCAACCACUAAAAUGCAAAGAUUUAAAUUUUAGAGAAUUUCAAUUUGCUCAGACUAUGAUCUUUGCCAUUGAAGAAAUAAAUAACAGUUCAGAGCUACUUCCUGGUGUUUCUCUGGGCUACAAGUUAUAUGACGAUUGUAGUUCCAUACCUUUGGCAAUACGAGCAGCAUUGGCUCUAGUGAAUGGACAGGAAGAAAUAACGGAUCUCAAAUCCUGCACCAAACAAUCUACUGUUCCUGCUUUUAUAGGACAAUCUGGGUCAUCACCAAGCAUAGGAGUCGCAACAACUCUUAGACCGUUUCAAAUUCCAAUGAUAAGUUAUUUUGCAACCUGUGCAUGCCUUAGCAACAAAAAGGCAUUUCCUUCAUUUUUCAGAACCAUACCAAGUGAUUAUUAUCAAAGCAGAGCCCUGGCACAGCUUGUGAAGCAUUUUGGAUGGACUUGGGUAGGGGCAAUCAGAAGUGACAAUGAUUAUGGCAACUCAGGAAUGGCUACCUUUGUGCAAGCUGCCCAAGAACAGGGGGUUUGCAUUGAAUAUUCAGAAGCUAUUUACAGAGCUAAUCCAAGAGAGAAAUUUCUUAAAACUGUGGAUAUUAUAAAAGAAUCUUCUUCAAAGGUUAUUGUGGCUUUCACUUCUUUCAUAGAUACUGAUUUUCUAUUAAAAGAACUGUUGCUUCAGAAUGUCACUGGCUUGCAGUGGAUAGGCAGUGAAGCUUGGAUUUCUGAGGAAACUCUAGCAACAGAAGCAAGUUACAGAGUGCUUGGUGGGGCAAUUGGAUUUGCUAUCAGUAAUGCACAAAUAACGGGAUUGAAAGAAUUUUUACAGCAUGUUCGUCCAUCUUACACACCAGGGAACAUGGGUUUAAACACGUUUUGGGAAACAGUUUUCAGUUGUACCUUGACUACUCAUGAAAAUACUUCAAAUAUUAAUCCAUGCACAGGAUCUGAGAGUUUUGGAGAAAUAAACAACCAGUACACUGAUGUAUCUGAGCUGAGAAUUACAAAUAAUGUCUAUAAAGCAAUGUAUGCUAUAGCCCAUUCACUACACAAUCUGAUUACAUGCAAAAAUGGACCAUUUGCAGAUAUGACAUGUACAAACCAUAUGAAGAUUGAACAGUGGCAGGUAUUACAUUAUCUGAAAACAGUUAAUUUUACUACCAGGAAUGGAGAGACUGUUUAUUUUGAUAAGAAUGGGGAUAUAACAGCAAGAUAUGAAUUAGUAAACUGGCAGCUCAAUAAAAAGGGCAAAACACAAUUUGUAACAGUUGGUCUCUAUGAUGCAUCUUUAGCAGAAGGACGUCGAUUUAUAAUGAAUAAUAUCCCCAUUGUUUGGACAGGUGAUCAGGAUAAGGUGCCAAAAUCAGUGUGCAGUGAGAGCUGUCCUCCAGGCACUCGGAAGGCUGUUCAGAAAGGAAAGCCUGUUUGUUGCUUUGACUGCAUACCAUGUGCUGAAGGAGAAAUCAGCAAUCAGACAGAUUCCAUUGAUUGUGUGAAGUGCCCUGUGGAAUACAUGUCAAAUGAGCAAAGAGAGCAGUGCAUUUUAAAGGACACUGAAUUCCUGUCAUUUGGGGAAAUCAUGGGGAUACUAUUAAUAAUAUUCUCAUUGAUUGGAGCCUGUUUAACUACUGCUAUAGCUAUUGUGUUCUUUCUUUAUAGAAAUACUCCCAUUGUAAGAGCAAAUAACUCUGAACUCAGUUUCCUUCUUCUGUUUUCAUUAGCACUGUGUUUCCUUUGUUCACUUACUUUCAUUGGCCAGCCCUCUGAGUGGUCCUGUAUGUUACGCCACACUGCCUUUGGGAUCACAUUUGUCAUGUGCAUAUCUUGUGUUCUGGGGAAAACAAUAGUUGUGUUAAUGGCUUUUAGAUCUACACUUCCUGGUAAUAAUACAAUGAAAUGGUUUGGGCCCGCCCAGCAGCGGUUAAGUGUUUUUGCAUUCACAUUCAUUCAGGCUUUAAUAUGCACUCUUUGGCUGGCUAUGUCCCCUCCUUUACCUCAUAAAAACAUGAACUCCUUCAAAGACAGAAUCAUUUUAGAAUGUGACCUGGGAUCUGCUGUAGCAUUUUAUGCUGUGUUAGGGUAUAUUGGAUUUCUUGCUGCCAUGUGCUUUGUGCUCGCUUUUCUGGCCCGGAAGCUUCCAGAUAACUUUAAUGAAGCUAAAUUCAUUACAUUUAGCAUGCUCAUAUUCUGUGCUGUUUGGAUCACCUUUAUCCCGGCUUAUAUCAGUUCACCUGGGAAGUACACUGUAGCCGUAGAGAUAUUUGCUAUUUUAGCUUCUAGUUUUGGUUUGCUUUUCUGCAUUUUUGCUCCCAAAUGCUAUAUUAUAUUACUGAAACCUGAGAAGAAUACAAAAAAACAUUUGAUGGGAAAAGUGCCCUCUAAGUCAGUUUGAAAAAUAAGCUUACACUCUACAGUAUGAAUGUUUAAAUGUUGCUCUUUUUUGUUUUGUUUUUAAUAAAUCUCUAACCUGUAUACAGGUGUUCUAAAGUGUGAAGAUUUAAGCAUACACUUAAUUACAAUUUUUAUAUUGCAUUCACAAUCUUCUAGGUUUAUACAGCAGAAAAUAAAAAUGUUAGUCAAAGAAGUUUCAAUAAGUUUCACACAGAAAGAAUGCAGGUAUAUAGAAAUAUAAAUAUGAUUGUAGGUGUUUGUUUGAAACAGUUGUUUUAAUAAAAAAAAAAAAAAAAACAGAAAUAUUUAAGGAUCAUUUCAAAGUGUUUUAGCAUAUUAUAUGUAUGUACUGUAUAAGGUAAUUUCAAACCAUGUAGAACAAAAUGAUGAAUAUUUGCUUCUUUUAAAUUACAGGUAACCAAACAUUUUCUCCAAAUCUGGCAACAUCAUAAAUCCACUGUCUGUCAUGCACUUACUCUUCUAUCCUUACAGGACAUGUCAUUCAUUGACAUCAGUUGAUGUGAUUAUUAAAGAGUAAACCGGCAUAGUUUUACCAGUGCUCCCACUUGCUAAAGCACCCUUUUACAGUCAACUAGUAUGUCAAAUAUUUACUAAAUAAAAUUAGUAAUUGAUCUGAAUGCAGUUUGUGUUUUUGUGCUGUAUUUCCACUGUGUUUAUGUACUGUAAUUCCUGCUGUAAUUG